AUGAAAAUCACCCGCCACCGCACUGCUUGGGGAGUCGAAGCUGGUCCCAACUUGGACAACUGGGCAAAGUGGUUUCCGGAGCUGAAGAAGCAUGGCUAUCAUGGAGUUCAAAUCGAUAUUCACCAGCUCAAGCCAGACCCCGAUUUCAAACGUCUGAGGGAAAUUGCCGACAAGGCGGAGUUGGAGAUCAGUGUUUUAGCGCAUUCACACUGGUUCAUGUACGUCGGGCCUCGACCCGUCGGCCUGAAAUCAGAGAACCACCUGCAGAACUACCGAGACAUCCUGCAGUCGACCGCGCAGCUACGUCCCAUAGCGAUCAAUUUCCAGUCUGGACAGGACACCUGGGACGUCGAAGAGUCGAUCAAAUUCUAUCGAGGAACCCUUCAAGUCGAUAAGGAGUUGGGCCUAUCGGGCUUGGUUUUCCACGAGACACACCGCAACCGUUCUCUCUUCACACCAUACACUACCCUGCAGAUUCUGAAAGCUGUUCCUGAAAUCCAAAUUACGGCCGAUUUCUCCCACUGGAUGGUGGGCUGCGAGCGGCUACUAGAUAUUAGCGAGGAAGAUCGCGCUUUGAUGGACGCGGUCGUUCCCCAUGUCGGACACCUCCACGCGAGAAUCGGAACGACGCAGGCUUCCCAGUGCCCCGAGCCUCUGAACCCCGUCUUCGAACAAGAGAGAUUGUGCAUGGAGAGGCUGUGGGAGAAGAUUAUUAAGAGCCAGAUUUCAAGGAACGGAUCCAAGGCCGAGAUUAUCUUCGUUCCGGAAUACGGACCGUUCCCCUACCACCCGUUCGGAAGUGCCAAGCCGUACGGCACUGUCGCUGAUGAAGAGGGUGCUCGUCUUGAGGUUCUGUUUAAUGAGAUUGCGGCCAAGGCGAGUGCUUGA